GGAAAGGCAAUUUCCACUUGUUACGAUCUCCUAUCAGAAUAACAGCUUGCGAGAGCAGAGAGCGACAGGAUGAAACUCCAACUGUGCAUCUGCAGCUGCCUCCUGUUACUGGGCGGUGCCAGAGCAGGGAGAGGGAGGUUGAGCAUUGAGCCUUCAUCUGGUAUCAUCUACCUGAAUAAAGAUCAGGUUUUCAACUGUAAAGUUGAAGGAAGUGAUGCUUUUGAAUUUCACUGGAAAUUUCCGAAUGACGAAGUAAUUGUAAAGGAUGAACACGAGCGCUUUCAACUGAGUGAGUCAGAAUAUGACCGGCAGCUGCAUAUUGUGAAUGCAAAGGCAUCAGAUGGCGGAGAUUACAUGUGCCAAGCUGAAGACGACAAUGGUGUUGAAAUGAAAAAAAAAAUCAGCAUUAAAGUCAUCCAAAAGGUCACUUUCCAAAAUGUCAAGACAGAGCUGGAGUUUGCCGAGGGGAGUCAGGCGGUGCUGGGCUGUGACGUUACAGGGAUUCCGCAGCCCACGGUCUCCUGGACACGAGAUGGCCAAGACAUCCCACUGAGCAGGAACGGACGUUUUCAAAAACUGCUGAACAAUCACCUUCAGAUCAGCAGCAUCGAGCCGUCAGAUGCUGGGAUGUAUGAAUGUGUCGGGAAAAUUAUGGAGCGUAAUGAGCAGAAUUCUACCACGAUCGCAGUGACUGUCAAUUACGCCCCCAGACUGCUGCCUCCCCCGACGCGGACCAUGCACACCUGGCUGGGGAACCCCGUCAACGUGUCGUGCCGCUUUCAGAGCUACCCCGGCGCUGCCGUUACCUGGACCCACAACGGCACCGACCUCGGGGAGCUUGCCAACACCUUCCCUGCGGGAAAUCGGGAGGAAUCGGUCAGCACGCUGGAGGUGAUGGUGACCAGCGAGGCUGACCUGGGCGAGUACAGGUGCACCGCGAACAACAGUCUGGGCAGCGUGAGCGGAUCGAUCCGGGUCCAACAGGGAGAUCUUCCAUCGGCCCCGCAGAACCUGACGGCUGUGUCGCUGUCCACGACUGUUCGGGUGUCCUUGUCCAGACCUGAGAGUGAUGGAGGAAUCCCGAUUCUCGGCUACCAAGUGGAGUGGAGGAUCAGCGGGACCACUGACUGGUCAAGCCAGACAGCAGAAACUGAAAGCCCCUUGCUCACUGGUCUGGAGCCAUACACACCCUACCAGUUCCGUGCUGCCGCUCUUAACGGGAGAGGUCUCGGGGAAUACUCCCCCCCCCUGACUGCCAGGACCCUCUCACUCCGAGAGCCGGACAGACCGAAGCUGAAAGCCCGGAACGACAGUGAGGGUAACACCUACCGCAUCUACUUCGAUGAUCCCGAGAGCGAUGGGAGCCCGGUCCUAAAGCACAACAUUAAAUACAAAGAGGAACAUUCUGUGGAGUGGAUCAGUGACAGUGUGAACGGGACAGAUUCCUAUCUGCUGGAGAAUCUAACAUGGGCGACCCAUUACUUUGUGCAAGUGGAAGCUGAGAACCAAAUGGGGCCGUCCCAGCCAACAUUUCUAAACUUCACCACUCCUGAACAGCCACUUCCUGCAACUUCGGCAAAUUUGGCGACUGGACAGAAAGCCAAGAUUGGCAUGGGUGGCAUUGUCGGGAUCAUCAUGAUGAUUUUCCUGGUGCUGUUGUUGGCUGUGGAUGUUACCUGCUACUACACCAGGAGGUGUGGCAUCCUCAUGUGCAUCGCUGUCAAUGUUCUGGGAAAGCAGGAACCAGCAGUAAAGAGACUGGAACAGGAAAUGGGAGUGACUGUCGUCAGUGCUGAGCCUAAAGGAAACCUCUGCGAGAUCCACACGGGAGGCCCGCUUCAAAAAUACAACAAGGCCAAACACGCGGGAACCUCCAACGACAAAAUGCCGCUCACCAAGUCCGAGACACUGCCCGUGAGUGAUAAAACUCCAAACCAACCCUGAGCUUGCGCCCACCACCCCCCCCCCCACCCCACACCCCCCGGGGGGCCAGAUGUGGACCAGCAGCGUGGGUGAGGCGUCAGAUCAGUGAACCAGACAACCGGGAUUCUCCGUCCGAAACCAUCUUCUCUCCUGCUUUUACCUCCGACUGCUCCAUCCUUCCCUUUAAAAAAAACAAACAACCUCCCCUCGGUCACUCCUGGUGCCUUUCGGAGAGGAUCCCAAAGACUGAUUCAGCCCCAAAAGGCCUCCGGAGACCAGGCCCUGGACCGGGGCGGCCAUCUUGCCUCCACCAAAGACUUGACCGGCGUCUUCCCGAGCGGGAGCCCACGGAAAAUUGCAUUUAUAUAGCGACUUUGACGCGGCACCGCAUCCCCCCCCCCCGCCACCUCCAGGGUGCUUCACAGGAUCGCGAAUCGUUGACUAUUAGCUUGACACAGAUUCGGCAAAAAAAAAAACUGGGUCAAGGUGGGGGUCAGUUUUAAGGAGCAUCUUCAAGGGGUA